AUGGCAGACUCUAUUCGUUUGACUGGGGACCCGCGACUCGAUGAUACAGCCGAUUGCGAUGAGUCGGCGCCGUUGACUGGGGAAAAGCAACUGGUAUCUUCGAACAAGCCCUGGCCGGGUCUCACUCUUCCACAUUUCAAUGGAAACGCUGCUGUUCUUGGGAGGUUGAAGAGAACGGUUCUAGUCCUGACACCGAGCUUUCUCACGACUCACACAGCGACCACACCCUCAAAAUCGGGCAUUGCCGCGCUCGAUGGCUUGAGAGGACUGGCUUGUCUGUUCGUCUUCAACGAGCACUAUGUCAUAUGCUACCAGUCAAGGGAAACUCAGACAUGGAUAAUGAGAGUCCCAUUCAUCCGUCUGUUGUGGUAUGGGAAAGCUGCCGUGUUUCUAUUUUUCGUCAUCUCAGGGUACGUCUUGAGUUAUAAGCCUCUCAAAUUAAUGCGGUCAAAGUCAUAUCUGGACUUCCAAAAGGCGAUAUCCUCGUCGUUCCUCCGCCGCGCCAUGCGUCUGUACCUCCCGUGUCUUAUUGUCAGCCUCUUUGUCUGCGGCUUGACAUACCUGGGCUUGUUCGACGAGUCAUCUCGAAUAUAUAAUGACUACUCGACAUUCGUUUUCCUCAAGGAGGAGCCUCCUCCACGAUUGAACCUUUAUGGGCAACUUUUGGGUUAUUUAGGUAAUGUGGACUUUUUAUUUAGUGCCACGAUACCAUUCGAUAGGGACACUGAUGUUCACAACUACUUCAUGUACGACGAUCAUCAAUGGACGAUACCCAAGGAGUUUCGGAGCAGCAUGGCCGUGUUUGCCGUCCUAGUGACGACCUCCAGAAUGCGAAGUGUGCCGCGCAUGGCCACAAUCGCCGCACUGGCGUGUUAUUCUCUCUCUACCUACAGGCUUUAUACCUCACUGUUCUUUGCGGGGAUGCUUUGCGCAGAAUUCGACCUUAUCAGGCAAGCUUAUUAUUCCAAGUCGGACCAGCUAUUACCAGGAAACCAGGACGAGAAGCAAACAGGCAGUUGGAGGCACCUGCUACAUCUUCCAGACGUGGUUCCGAAACUCUUCUGGACCGUACUUUUCACCCUAGGGGUUUUCAUGAUCUCUUCACCACAGGAGAUUCAACUGACGCCAAACUAUCUUCCCACUCUUUUCGCCAGCUGGGGCAUCUCAGACAUUGACAAUACCUUGCUCAUGGUGGGGUCAAUAUUUACUGUCUGGAGUGUUGCAACCUGCCCGUCGCUAGCCCCUCUCUUCAACAACCCAUUUGUCUGCUAUCUGGGCAAGAUAUCUUACGCCCUCUACCUUGUUCACGGAACUGUGAUCAAGUCUCUUGGAUAUAGAGUUCUCCCCUGGACGCUACGGAUCGCGACAUGGGCCCCAAGCGAUCUAACGUUGAAUCUCGAAUGGUGGCAAGGUGUCCAGGAUCAUCAAAAAGUUAUUGCACAUAUCAUGGGAUGGUGUUUCGUUGGGACUACUUGCUUCUGGCUCUCAGACCUGUUUUGGCGGUUUGUCGACAUCCCUUGUGUAGCGUUCGCACGCAGGGUUGAAGGCUGGGUAACUCACCCUGUAGACAACGACAAUGCCGAGAGUUCCAGAUCCGGCAUCACCUCUCAAACUAGUAUGGCUCGCAUCGUGGAUCAUCGGAGAAGAGCUGCGAGCAUGGGCCAUCAAGGGGAUGCAUUUCGAGCCAACCAUUUCCAGGAACAUCCCAGUUCAGCCUCUGCAUCUCAGGAAGGAUCGAAGAGGAAGAAUGGCUAA